AAUCCCAGGCGGCGGUUUCCUGCCAUUACCUCAUUCCCGGCCUCGUUCUCGCCAAUCCCUGCCUCUCCAGGGGUGUGGUGGCCGGCUGUUCUCGCGACUUUUGGCUUCACCCUUCCCCUGUUCUGCUCCUGUCGCGAGACUUCCUGCUCCUCCGCCUCCUCCGCCGCUCCCUUCGCGGCCGCCUUAACCCGGACCAGGACCCAUCCUCUCCCCAGCCCGAGCACCGGUCCCGGCUCUGCCGAGGCCCCGAUCCCCUAACCCCGCCUCGCCGCCGCCAUGGCGGACCCUAAGUACGCCGACCUUCCCGGCAUUGCCAGGAACGAGCCAGAUGUUUAUGAAACCAGCGACCUGCCUGAGGAUGAUCAAGCAGAGUUUGAUGCGUUUGCACAAGAGCUGGAGGAGCUGACGAGUACCAGUGUGGAGCACAUCAUUGUCAAUCCCAAUGCUGCCUAUGACAAGUUCAAAGACAAGAGAGUGGGCACAAAGGGACUUGAUUUCUCAGAUCGAAUUGGAAAAACCAAAAGAACAGGAUAUGAAUCUGGAGAAUAUGAGAUGCUUGGAGAGGGUCUGGGAGUGAAGGAGACACCCCAGCAAAAGUACCAGAGACUGCUGCACGAGGUCCAGGAGCUCACAGCUGAAGUUGAAAAAAUCAAGACAACAGUGAAGGAAUCAACCACUGAGGAGAAGCUGACCCCCGUGGUGCUGGCUAAACAGCUGGCUGCCCUGAAGCAGCAGCUGGUUGCUUCCCAUCUGGAGAAGCUGCUGGGACCAGAUGCCGCAAUCAACCUUACUGACCCCGAUGGAGCUCUGGCUAAGCGCCUACUGCUGCAGCUGGAAGCAACAAAGAACAGCAAAGGGACUGGUUCAGGGGGCAAGACCACCAGUGGGAGCCCCCCAGAUAGCAGCCUGGUCACUUACGAAUUGCAUUCUCGGCCUGAGCAGGACAAGUUCUCUCAAGCUGCCAAAGUGGCGGAACUCGAGAAGCGCCUGACGGAGCUGGAAGCCACUGUGCGCUGUGAUCAGGAUGCUCAGAACCCCCUUUCAGCAGGUCUGCAGGGAGCCUGCCUCAUGGAUACUGUGGAGCUGCUGCAGGCGAAGGUGGGCGCGCUGGACCUCGCGGUUUUGGACCAGGUGGAGGCUCGGUUACAGAGCGUGCUGGGAAAAGUGAAUGAAAUUGCCAAGCAUAAAGCUUCUGUAGAGGAUGCAGAUACACAAAGCAAGGUGCACCAGCUAUAUGAGACCAUGCAGCGCUGGAGCCCCGUCGCCACCUCCCUUCCUGAGCUGGUGCAGAGACUCGUCACCAUCAAGCAGCUGCAUGAGCAAGCCAUGCAGUUUGGCCAGCUUCUGACACACUUGGACACCACGCAGCAGAUGAUCGCAUGUUCCCUCAAGGACAGCGCCGCCCUCCUGACUCAGGUGCAGACGACGAUGCGUGAGAACCUGUCCACAAUUGAGGGGAACUUUGCCAGCAUUGACGAACGGAUGAAGAAACUGGGAAAGUGAGCAGCUCUGGGUGACGGAGGACGGGGUAACCCCUGCCCAGUCGCGCUCCAUACCUUACACAGGGUUUCCCCUUGAUCUAACUCUUGCGUCCCGUUUGACACUGGGGCAAGGGCUUCUUGCAUGUGGGGCUUAAACCCCCUCCUCUGAAGAGUAGUGGAAGCUGGGGAUAUUAAAUGGUGGUCUCCCCUUAGGCCACAGGGAUGAGGACGUGGCCCAGCCACGUGCCGGCUCCUGCCCAAAACUGCUUUGCCUGGUGUGGGGGAGGACUGCGUCCGGUCCUCCAGCACAGCUUCUGUGGCUGGUUGUAACACUGCACAACUGUUUCUGACCAUUAAAUGCUGUUGUACUCUG